AUGAAAACAUUAUUUACAACAUGUGAUGAAAAUGAUUAUGAUGUAAGAUUGACUGUCGAGGAAAAUCUUAAUGAAUUUGUUAAAAAUUUAAAAGAAGUAGUUUUAACAAGAAGCCAAGUUGAAUUACAUCGAACUAUAAAACAUAAUCCUAAUGUUGGACCAAAUGCUUUAAAAGAUCAAUUAUUUGAACAUCAAAAUCAAAAUACUAGUACAUAUUUAAUAAUUGGUUAUCUUAGUUUAAUAAAAAAUCUUAUUCAACUACUUGGAAUUAAAUUAUUAGAAGAUUCUAUUCAACAUACUACAAGUUCCUGUAUUCUUGCUAAAGUUAGUCUAGCUCAACUUAUAGAUGAUAUUGAUUUUCGAAUAUUAACUUAUCUUGAACAACAACAAAAACAAUUAAAACAACAGUACCCUGAUAUACGUGUUCGUCAAGUAACUGCUUCGACUUUUGCUAAUCUUAAAAAAUAUAUUAAUACAAAUGAAAGUGAUUUCCAAGCUGCUGUACUCGAUUUACUUGUUCAAUUACUUUUAAUUUGUCAUUAUAUUUAUUGUAUUGCUGAAUUUCUUAUUAUGUUAUCACAUGAUACACUUCAUUCAAAACGAGUUAUUAAAAUACAAGAUUUAAUAAAACAUUAUGAUUCAUUAUUAACAAGUGGACAUGAACCUGAAACACAUGCUUUGGCAGCAUUAGAACCAGUUUUAUAUGAUUUUUUUCUUGAUCAAUCACUUUUGGAUAUUUAUUCCACACAAUUAACACUAUUUGAUGUUGUCUCAUCAGUUGCAUUACGAUCAAUUGAUCCGUUUGUUGUUGCUUUUCGAGCAUUAGCAAAUAGAAAUGUCCGUUGUUUUUAUUUAUAA